AGCUUGGUGAGCCAGGACUGACGGUCUUUCUCUGUCACUUGCUACUCCCGGAGCUGGUUUUACAUUCUUACCCUCAAAGGGCACCAUGUAUCACGCCUUCUCCAGCAGCACCGAAUAUGAUGCAGCUUCUUCCCGUUGCAGUAGUGCCUCUCCAGCCGGGGACAGCCUGACCUACUACCCGUCCCCUGCAGCUUCCUUCUCUAGCAUGGGGUCACCUGUUUCUCCACAGGACUUCGGUGGUGAUUCAAGCAGCAGUUUUGUACCCACAGUCACUGCCAUUUCCACCUCACCAGAUCUUCAGUGGCUUGUACAGCCAACCCUUAUUUCUUCUGUAGCCCCAUCACAGUCUCGGGCACACCCUUAUGGGUCCACACCAGCUUACAGCCGAUCUAGCGUUAUGAAAGGAUCUGCUGGAAGAGGUCAGAGCCUGGGAAGAAGAGGAAAAAUGGAGCAGCUUUCUCCAGAAGAAGAAGAAAAAAGGAAAGUAAGACGAGAAAGGAAUAAGAUGGCAGCUGCCAAGUGUCGUAACCGCCGUCGGGAGUUAACAGACACCCUUCAAGCGGAGACUGAUGACCUGGAGGACCAGAAAUCUGCCCUGCAGGCAGAGAUUGCCGGCCUUCUAAAGGAGAAGGAAAAGCUGGAGUUUAUACUUGCAGCUCACAAACCAGCUUGCAAAAUUCCACAUGAUCUUGAUGGAGCUUUUCAAGACUUGACCUCAUCUCUUGAUCUGGGUCUGAUUUCAGAGACCCCUUGUUCUUCCAGCUCUCAGGAGCCUGUAGCAGAGCCUCUGUUUCCCAUUGGCCUUUCUCAGUCUUCCAUGCCUGAAAAGGAGAACACCCAGCUGCAAGUCUCUAUGGAACUCAAAUCUGAACCACUGGAUGAUUUUCUGUUUAACUCUUCUCACACAGGUGUAACUGAUGCAGCACGUUCUGUGCCAGAUGUAGAUCUUACUAGCUCUCUUUACACAUCAGAAUGGGAGCCACUGUAUAGCACUUUAUCUGCAGACAUGGAGCCUCUGUGCACACCAGUUGUUACCUGCACUCCAACAUGCACUACCUAUACAACAUCAUUUGUCUUCACAUACCCAGAAUCUGACCACUUCCCCAACUGUGGAGCCGCACAUCGGAGGGGAAGCAGCAGCAAUGAGCAGUCAUCAGACUCUCUAAACUCUCCCACCCUUUUGGCUCUGUAAUGCUGAGGGACAUUCACACAACCAUUGUGAGAUGCUGCUGGGGACUUUUACUUGUACUUGUUAAACUGGUUUAUUUUGGUGCCUCCUUCCUUUGACUCCAAAAUGCAAUAAGGCACCAUAUGUGGCUUUUACUGUCAUGCUUUUGGAACUUCUUCUUUGCUGCCAUAAGUGUUCACUGUGCAUGUCAAUCCAAAAAAUAUGGUACUAGCAUGUGACCUAGGCUCAGAUAUAGGUAAUGUUUUGAAAAGUGUAAAUAUCACAGUGAGCACUGUACUAGGCCAAGAGUCUCCUACUUCCCAGUCAUCACAAACUAGCACUAGAUCCCUGUUAACUUAUAUGGUUGUGUAGUUGACUCCUACUUCCAACUGCCACUGGAGCCUGAUACCUCUUACUGAUCUGUAGCACUGGCAUGGACUUGUUGUGAAUUCUGUUAAUAUGUAGCAUGAUGUAUCCCAUACAUUAACUGCUAGUGGCAAUGACCUACGUUAACCUGUUUAGGUAAUUGUGAUAUUGAUAAAAGCCUUGUGCUGUUAGCUUGGAAAUGUAGUCUAAGCUAGCUCACAGGAAUGUUAUGGUGCUGGCUGAGUACAAGGUGUUUAGAGGAGUUAGCUCUAAAUAUCCUUGUACCAGCCAUGAUAUUCAUUUGUAAGUCAGAUAUAUAGAUCAUAUAUAGAUAUCCUUUUAAGGGCCGGACACAUGGUGAACGUGCUGUUUCUUCCGUUGAUUGUAAUACUGUCUUUCCAAGUUUUCCAUGAAAACGUUGAUUUCCUGUAGAUGGUUUUUGUUUUAUUUAUUAUGAUUGAUAUUGAAAAUAUUUAUAUUUUUAUUUUCUACUUUGACAUUGCGGACAUUAGUGCCAAUAAGUCUGGAGCAGGAUCACAAGCAUUUAUUUUGCUUCUUGUCCAAGACACAUAAGAAUAAAAUCUUUUUUUGCAUUCAC